AAUAAUACUUCUCUACCGCCCGACGCAACCUAAGAACGCUACUCCCCACUCCGCCCUCCUUUCCCAGCCAUCCGAUCUCGUCUUCCUCUUCUUAUCUCCUCCGUCCAUCUAUAUCUCUCGCUCUUUCCCUUCUCUCACAACACUGCUCCCGUAAUAGCCAAACCCUAGAAAGAGAGAGAGAGAGAGAGCGCGCGCUCCAGAGCUUGCAUCAAUGGCGGAGCACUUGGCAUCGAUCUUCGGGACGGAGAAGGACAGGGUCAACUGCCCCUUUUACUUCAAGAUUGGGGCGUGUAGGCAUGGAGACAGGUGCUCCAGGCUCCAUACCAAGCCCAGCAUCAGCCCCACCCUCCUCCUCUCCAACAUGUACCAGCGCCCCGACAUGAUCACCCCCGGCGUCGACCCCCAGGGCAAUCCCAUCGAUCCACGCAAGAUCCAGCAACACUUUGAGGAAUUUUAUGAAGAUCUAUUUGAGGAGCUGAGCAAAUAUGGAGAGCUUGAGAGCUUGAACAUAUGUGACAAUCUAGCUGACCACAUGGUGGGCAAUGUCUAUGUUCAGUUUCGGGAGGAAGACCAGGCUGCAAGUGCAGUUCAGAAUUUAAGUGGAAGAUACUAUGCUGGCCGUCCCAUCAUUGUUGACUUUUCUCCUGUGACGGAUUUUCGUGAAGCCACAUGUAGGCAAUACGAGGAGAACAGCUGCAACCGUGGUGGUUAUUGCAAUUUCAUGCAUUUGAAAAGGAUCAGUAGGGAGUUGAGACGCCAAUUAUUUGGGAGAUAUAGACGUAGGCGUAGCCGCAGUAGAAGCCGAAGUCCCCACAGGUAUCAUAACCAUGAAGAGCGCCCUCAUGGAGGACGUGGUUUUGGGAGAAGGUAUGAUGACAGGGAACACUACCAUAACAAUCGGGGUGGUAGGAGACACAGGAGUACAAGCCCUGAGCAUCAUAGAGGACGCAGCAGGAGCCCUGGUGGAAGGAGAAAUCGGAGUCCUGUGAGGGAAGGUAGUGAAGAGAGGCGAGCAAAGAUUGAACAAUGGAACAGAGAAAGGGAGCAGCAGGCGGAAUAUGGUAAUAAGGCUGGUACAGAUGGUGGCAACAAUAAUGACGAAAACAACUACAAUGGUUACGUGCAGAACAGGGAUCAGUUUGAUGGCCAACAAGGAGGAUAUGAUUACUGAUUUGUUGAGCUGUGGUGUGCAGGUUUUCAGUCUGUGAUAUGGAUGUGAAAUGUUCCCCAUGCCCCCCCUAUUAUUUUUCUUUUAGUUUCAUUGCAUUUGGCUCUUUUACCCAAGCUCAUUGUGCAUAAUUUGUGUGCUUGUAUGCAUGAUGUGCUUUUAAACACUGCCCCUGAUUACCACCGCCUCUUUUUUUUUUGGUUUGGGUCUUUUUGUUUUUUGGGGGGGGGGGGGGGGGGGAGGGUUGCAGCUGCAUGUGGAACACAAUCCAUGACUUUUAUGGGUGGAAUCUUACUCCAUGAGUAGUAUUCACUGCUUUAGAUGCUGCCCUUUUAAAGCCAACUGGCGCUUCUUCUAUUGACUUUUCAUCGUGGUUAAUCAUGAUGUUUUGAAUUAUUCUGUAACCUUGUUUUUGGCAACAUGGAGAUUGAAUUUUUGGAUUUGGAUUUGUGGAUUUCAACAGAAUGCAAUAUAACAUUUAUAUUGAUCUUCAACUAAAGCCUACACAAAUCUGAAUCCAAGAACUGAAAUCUAUUUUUCUAUACCAUAACUUCAUUAUGAAAACUCGAUGCCUACUUACAUCAGCUACUUGCCAACAGAAUUGCCAUUGCGUUACAAUAUUAUUUUUCAUUAGCCACUUUCUGAUCAAUUGCAUUUCAUCCUUGUUUAUUUAUUUAUUUUUGGGGAGCGCGGGGGGGGGGGGGGGGGGGUGUGUGUGUGUGUGGGGAUGAUCACUAGUGUCUUUCUCCACUUUAAUUUCAUCUCCCAUCAAGCACUUUCCUCCCUAAAAAAUUCAUCAUCCCGAAACCCACAAAGUUCAUCUGAACAGAUUUCCUUCAUAGGUAGGUUUGGGUAGGUUGUGAUUAGCUGCAUGAAUUGUUUUUAGCCACUCCAUUGCCUAGUGUUGGAAAUUGGGCGAAGAAUGCCAUCAUGUGUGUGUAUUUUAUUUUAUGCUUUGAAUGCAUGUAAUUUUACAUUCAGGCACCCAGUGACCACCUUACAUCCAGGGCAGUGAAAGAUCAAAUUUUUACAUGGUCCUGCUGGUUUUGUUUUCUAUGAAACUUUCAUCUUUUUGAAAUCUGUGAUGAUCUUACUUGUAUAAUGAGUUUUGCAGGUUCAGGUAUCCCUGCUUCACAGGACCAGGCCCUUGUUUUAAUUGCAGCUUUCCAUGGAAUUUGUGUACAGGUUGUUGGAUGCUUUUUUGGAGGAUUGGGUUUACAGGAUAUAACAGGUUGCAGCUGGACGAAUAGAUGACAUGAUGGGCUGUGGUUGAAAUGUCGUGGGUGAGGUGUCAACUGCAGGUGCAUUGUUGUUUGUAAUGCAGGUUAGGACUUGCAGCAUUCCAUUUCGUUGGACAGAUUUCUAUUAUGGUUUUUUAGGUUUUUUGUGAGCUUUGUUUGAGGAACCAAAUUGAUAUCUAUUAACAAUGAAAUUAUCAGUGGAUAAA